AUGAAUGAAGCUACUCAAUUAGAAUCCAAAUUUCCCGUACCAUUGCGUGACAAAUUCCAUAUCCCAACCUUCGCUAGCAUGGGGAUUGACCCCCAUAACAACGAUGAGUUAACGUAUCUAUGUGGUAACUCGUUGGGAUUGAUGCCAAGAGAAAUUAGACAGGCGAUUAAUAGAGAAUUAGAUGCAUGGGCCUCAAGAGGUGUUGAAGGUCAUUUUAACCAUCCCAGCGCUACUGACUGGGUUGAUGUUGAUUUGCCGGUCGUACCCCUUUUAGCUUCUGUUGUUGGUGCCAAAGAGAGUGAAGUCGCUAUCAUGAACAGUUUAACUACAAAUUUAAAUGCAUUGCUGGUGGCAUUCUACAGACCCAGAGGUAAAAAAGUUCAGAUUCUAUUCGAGAAGGGUUCUUUCCCAUCCGACUACUAUGCAUUCCAUGAACAGUCGAGACUACAAGGAUUAAAUCCACAAGAAACACUUUUACAGUUGGAACCACGCCCAAAUGAGCACCAUUUACGUACAGAGGACAUUUUAAAGGCAAUCGAUGAUCACAGAGACACUUUAGCGCUAGUGUGUCUUCCAGGAAUCCAGUACUACACAGGACAAUGGUUGAACAUCGGUGAGAUUACGAAACAUGCACAUCGCUACGGAAUAACAGUCGGUUGGGAUUUAGCACAUGCUGUCGGUAACGUGCCACUACAGUUACACGAUUGGGAGGUCGAUUUUGCAUGUUGGUGUUCCUACAAAUAUUUGAACAGCGGCCCAGGUGCUAUGGGCGGUGCAUUUGUCCAUGAGGCACAUUCUGCGCAUACUUCAAUGCCCAGACUAGCGGGAUGGUGGGGAAACAACAGACAACGCAGAUUCGCUAUGCUAGAGAAUUUUGAACCCAUAGAAGGUGCCUUGGGAUUCCGCCAGUCCAAUCCGAGCGUAAUCGAUGUCGUGUCAAUACACACAUCGCUCCAGCUAUUCCAAAUGGCGGGCGGGGUUGAAACCCUACGUGCAAGGUCCCUACAACUGACAAACUUCCUCCAAAGACUCUUACAAAGUUCGAAAUUUUACGGCAAACCCCGUGGGUUCGUAAUAAUCACACCAACCCAUCACACAAAUGACCACGGUGCUCAACUGUCAUUGCUUUUUGAUACGACCGAUAUCGAUGAGAUUUCUCAAUCGAUUCGUGCGAAGGGUUUGAUUGCAGACGAACGUAGACCAAGCGUUAUACGUCUCGCACCUGCACCGCUCUACAAUACCUUUCAGGAAGUAUACAGGACCUUCGAAAUACUCGAAGAAGCUCUUACAGAAUUCACUGCACAUUAG